AUGAUGUCUGCAAGUUUUGAAGCAAACGCCCUUUCCCUCAGAACCGCAACAAAUUCGAAGAAGCAUUGUUCUUCUGUCGCCUACUGGCAUAUGUCAUCCUCCGCCGAUACGGCCGUAAUGAUCCAAUAUUUUGAGAAGAGAUGGGCCUUUGCGCAUUUCCAAACGUUGCAGGCGUUUUGUAAUGUGUAG